GCGCUGGAGUUUUGUCGAAAUUUCUCUUUUUUUCCCUUUCUACACUAUCCCGUCAAAAAAAUCGACAAUUCAAUUUCUUUCGAGAUGGCUAAGGAAGCGCCUGCAAAGACCGGUCUGGCCGUUGGCCUGAACAAGGGCCACAAGACUACCGCUCGUGUCGUCAAGCCCCGUGUUUCCCGCACCAAGGGACACCUGAGCAAGCGAACCGCCUUUGUGCGUGAGGUCGUCAAGGAGGUUGCUGGCCUCGCUCCCUAUGAGCGCCGUGUCAUCGAACUUCUCCGCAACAGCAAGGACAAGCGUGCCCGUAAGCUGGCCAAGAAGAGGCUCGGUACCUUUGGCCGUGCCAAGAGAAAGGUCGAUGAGCUCCAGCGCGUCAUCGCCGAGUCCCGUCGUGCUCACUAAACGAUUUUUAUAUCUAUAAAAAAUCGAGGCAAAAAUGGGAGAGAGAGGGACAAUUUCGGUAAUGGCAAAUAAAAAAGAAUUGAAAAUACCAUUUUUUUUUUCUUCUGAAAUCAAAGCACGGGUUUUAUUUUACUUUUCGCAUGGAUUCGGCGCGGGUCAUGAAUUUUCGAUUGAUUCACAAUUUGGGCUUUUAUGCGGCGGCGCAGCAACGGUAUAUAGCUGCGGGUUUUUUACAUUCCGUCAGAAUUUUACAUUCUCCAAGAUAUGCCGUCUUUUUUGAUCCAACUGAGAUACCUUUUUUUCCCUCCUCUUGAGAUCACCAAUUGCCCGCCCAUUCAACACCGCCGUAGUUGUAGAAAUGCCUGAAUAUGUCUAAAUUUGUACUAUCUGUAUUCAAUACUCAACAUGGCUUGUGCCUCUUCGAUAUUGAUCAAACAAAGCUGAGAAAAACGCCAUUACAUGUACACGAUGCCAAUCCACUCCAAAUUCUCCUAGGAUACGAAUGAGAACCCAAAAACUUUAAGCCGCUCGCUCACUUACUCGCUCUCGCGAUCUAUUUCUUCCCAAGUUUCAGCCAUUUCGGCAUCUUCUUACCAGAGCCAUCUCCAUCCUUCGCCGGAGCCUUGUGAGCCUGCGGUGCCGCUGAUGGGCCGGCUUUAUCAUCCUCCACGUUAGGUAUCUCAGGCACCUUGAUGGU